AUUCAAUGCGCACAUGUCCGGUGAGAACAGCUUCAUGCAUAUUGCGCUGGACAUUGGUCACAAUAUGGUGAUAUUGUUUGCACAGAUAACAAGUUUACCCAGCUAGACACGGACCAUUGCACCAUGUCCAGGAAGUGAUGCAUCCACUGGAUUGACCAAAGGUUAGCACUAGAAAUCACCAUGCUGAAAACAAACACCUCUGUCACACCAGAUUUGGAUUUAGUUUACAAGAAAUGGGAACAGCGUGGCCAAUCUUCAGCGAAUCAGUCUAAACCAAGGGAGGUAACUGGCCAGUUGACCAGCCGCAUACUGUGUGAGGGAAGACAACGCUGGAGAGACAAGUUUGGUGACAGUGUGCGACCAGUACGUCACAGAAAGGUCAGGGAUAGGAGGAGAGCUGCACCAGCUUCGACAGACUCUAUAGCCUCUAGACUGAUUGCCCAAUUUAAAACUACGCCUAUCGUGACAGCAGAUACACUUAGAGUUGUUCGCCCCUUCAUGGGUCAGUGCUGUGCCUGUCUUCCUGACAGUAAGAUUGACCUGAUAUCAAGCACCACAUCUAGUCAAGGGAUCCGUGACAUCCUCAAUGUGAAGACAGAACUGAGGUCUGGUGGUUUUUUGGAGACUUCGUUUGACCAGUUGGUGUACAGCCUGAGGAGAAAGACCAUACACAAGUAUCCUGAUGUUUCGCUGGCCGUUCUCACCUGUAACAGGGUUAAAGAAGCUGUCCAACAGCAGUCUGAAGAAGGGGACAAUUCGCGAGAUGUGACACCUGGAGAUGUUGUUGCUAAGGACUUACUUUGUGGAAUGCAGGCCAAAAUCUCCAACAGACUUCUACGACUUGCUGGCUGGUUCCUACUGAAGUUCUUGUCCUACUUCCUACAAAGUGUCCAAAUACACAAGGGACAGCUGGAGAUGGUCGAGAAAUCUGUCAAGAGAGGAAUCCCUGUGAUCUACAUUCCACUGCAUAGGAGCCACCUUGACUACAUACUGGUUACCUUCAUUCUCUGGAACUACAGCAUCAAGGCACCUUACAUUGCCGCCGGUGACAAUCUCAGGAUGCCCAUCUUCAGCUCCCUCAUCACAGGACUAGGAGGGUUUUUCAUCAGACGUAAGCUUGAUAAGAAGAUCGGGAGAAAGGACACGGUGUACCGGGCAGUGCUGCACUCCUACAUGCAAGAAUUAUUGAAGAGGGGUGAGGCUCUGGAAUUUUUCAUAGAAGGUGGACGUUCCCGUACUGGAAAGGCGUGUCAACCUAAAGGUGGAUUGGUGUCUGUCGUUGUGGAUGCACAAAUGAAUGAUGUAAUGGAAGAUGCCUACAUCGUACCUAUAAGUAUUAAUUAUGAAAAGAUUCUUGACGGAAACUAUAAUCGGGAACAAAUGGGUCUACCUAAAGUAAAAGAGACGUUUAUUGGUGCAAUGAAGGCCAUAUGGCGGGUCUUCUGCAGUGAUUUUGGAAGUGUGAGGGUGGAGUUUUGUCAGCCGUUCUCACUCAAGGAGUAUCUAGUGAAGAUCCAGCCUGCACAGCCUUCCCCUCCCACCAGUGAUAUAUCUAGCCAGGAUAGUCCCCCCGAGUCACCCCCUCCUAUACACAAAGCUGGCAGUGUGAGCUCACUGUUUGGUACAGACAUUAUGGUGGAAGACCAGAGACAUGUCAUCAAACAGUUGUCAGAACACAUUGUACACACCUGUGUCCACGCCACGCCAGUUAUGUGUACUAAUAUGGUGGCGUUUCUCCUCCUUACCAAACACAGGGAGGGCACAAGCAUGAAGCAGCUAAUACAAGAUUUUGAUUGGCUAAGGCAGGACAUGAAAAGUCGUAACCGUGACGUUGCAUUUGUGGGCAGCUCAAGUGAGGUUACACACUAUGCCUGUGCUCUCUUGGGAUCAAGCUUGAUUCAGAGGUCUAGCUCUAAAGAGUGUGAAAACAGAGUGGUACCAAUAUUGAGUCUACCAACGGUGUUUGAGUUGAGUUACUAUAGCAACACGUUGGUAUCUGCCUAUCUACUGGAGAGUGUGUUAGUUUGCUCUGUGAUAUACCACUGUGAUAUCGGGUUGUUUGUCCCAAGCCAAUCCAGAACUGCCGAUGUAAUGUCCGCCUCCACCGAUGAUAUCAUAGACACAGCCUCUGAAAUAUGUAAACUCCUCCGAUAUGAAUUCAUAUGUAUUCCGCCUUGUGACAAACUUGAGGAAACCCUUCUUGAAACUUUGCAUCACUUGAUCUCCCGCGAACUCUUCACGUAUCGGGACCAACAGACGAGCUCGAACCUUGACCCUGUCAAUGCUCGAAUGUCAAAGCAGUUUUCUGAGUUGUCCUGGGAAGAUGAAGAAAUGGAUGGCGGAAUAUUCCAAGAGCAGUUUAUUAAGGCUAACAUGGAACGUCGUGACUGUGUAGAGAACAUGGUAUUUCUUCACCACGUACUGGCGCCGUUCCUCGAGUCAUACCUCUUGACUGCCCGUCAAAUUAACACCAACCUCAUUACUGAGCUUCCAGAGAAUGAUUUCCUGCACUGUGUACUGGCCUCUGCUAAGACAAGAGUGGAACAGGGAAUAGCUGGUUAUGCUGAGAGUGCUGCUUUCGAGUCUAUAAAGAAUGCACUAAAGGCGUAUCAGGAUGUGAAAAUCAUAGACUGUUACUACGCAGGGAAUAUCCGGAUGGUCGAAAUUAGGGACCACUUUGAAGUCCGUGACAAAAUAAACAAUUACAUCGGCUUGCUGGAAAGUCUACAGGAGUGAAUGUACCUCAAAACUAAGGUGUUUCAAGGAUCUCUUCAUGAAAGAAUAUAUUAUUCAAGUGUUUGAAACCUUCUUAUGGUGAUAUUUGUCUCGACCACUUUUUGAAUUGUUUCAAUUCUGUUUUGCAUGGAAGUGCACUUUGGAUAUAAGAAGUCACCUUUUUGUAUAUGUUCAUAUGCCAUUGGUCGUUGUAUGGACAUGCUAUAAGAAAAUGUUUGUGUUGAAAUUCUAAUUAUAUACUCUGUCAGCUAUAAAUAGAUUUAAAUAGAAUUUGUAAAACUAGCAGUGUUAAAUAUGUACUAAGAAACUAAGUCUCGCAAAUGUUGCCAAGCACGCUCACAGAGUGUAUCUCACCGCUGCAUAGCAGUGUUAUUUAAAGGACUAUUUAUUAUUUUGCCUGUACAGUAUUCAAUUUCUUGAAUUUCAUGGCGAUACUAAUUGAAUUUUCAUUCAUGGAUGUUUUCAUAUGAUAUUUAUUGGUUAUCAGGAACCCAGUGUAGAGGUUAUCUCCCCUGAUAGUAUCCAGGAAUGAAAGAGAUUAUUUCCUGGUACCCUGGUUACUGGUAUACCUGGUAUGUAAAAAGUCUACAAUAUUGAAUAGAUUAGCCAUUUAUCUCCCCUGUUUAUGGUAAAGUUUAAACUGUCGAAUACAUACUCAUUAAUAUAAUAUUAUAAUUAUAGAUGUUUCUGAGACUGGUAUAUGAUGUUUCUGUUGGUUAAAUACUUCAUUUCUUUGUGUUAUUGUUGUUAAGAAAUGUGUAACUAGUCUUCAGAUAGUGAACUCUAGUGCUAAAAAUAGAAAAUAAAGACAUUGGUAGAUUUCAUUGGUAAGAUUCCUAUGUAUUUAAAUCCUGGUAAUAUUCCUGGAACUGUAUACAUUAAUUGUUUGUGAGCCCAAUCAUUUUAUUUUCUGGUAAUUUUGAAUCCCCAAUGGUGUGAUUUCUCUGUCAACACUAGAGUAUGGCAGAUAGCAUGUACUGGAAUCAAUAAAAUGAUGUCAUAGCGACAAUGAAAUGACGUCACAGCAAACAAUUAAAUGAUGUCACAGUCAAAAUAAUGUUGUGUUGCAAUAUUAUCAACAGAAUAUUAAACAGAAUUUUAUACACACCUUCUUAUCUUUAAAUGAAAUGUGUUAUGCAACAAUUAUUGGAAGGGUAUGGAUGUAGAAUUACUUGUUAUAGUCUUAUGGGAUUCUCUGUAAUGUGCUUUAAUACCUGAAUAGUUAGUAUUCCAGGUUUUAGUACAGAAAACAUAGUUUGAUAUCAUUAUUCCCUAUCUGGAGAAGUAAAAUGUUCUACUGCAUAAAGGAAGUAGUUUCACUUGUAGAGGUUACAUCAGAAGAUGACUACAUGAUGUGAUAAAACAAUUAAUAUUGUAUUCAGAUUUUUUAUCUAUUUCUGGAGAUGUGAAUUAACCAGAAAAUGCCAACUUUGGACUGUGAUAAGACGUUGGAUUGACAUGGUAGUGUUUGUUAGAUACUGUAAAUACUUUGGUGACUGUCUAGUUUGAUGCUAAAUAUUGGGUGUCCAUAUAGUCAUAGCUUUUUGGCCUUAUCACCAUUCAUUACAUGAAUCCUUUAUGAAAACAUGUCUGAUGAACUGAACCAUUAGGAAAGGUCUGUGAUUGUAUAUAUGAUUAUAGGAGAGAGGGCAGGGAUGUUCCUGACCAGGUACAUGUGGGUGGGUCAUACAUAAUUGUUAAUAUGAAACUGAAGGGUUGGUGGGGUUUCAAAAAACUUAUACUCUAGCAAAACAAUUGUGUCUUGUGAAGAGAAAUCCUGGUGAAGGUUUUACUAAAGCCUGGUAUGUGUGAUGUUUGCAUUACCGGUAUAGUUAAGUUUUACUGUAGUAAUUUAAAAAAUCUUGCGAGUGAUGUUUGAAUUAAAAUGUUACUGUAGUAGUCUAAUUCCAGAAAUCUUGGUGCAAGUGAUGUUUGAAUAAAAAGUCACUGUAGUAUUUCAGAAAUCUUUUACCUUAGUUUACCUUAGUAAUACUGGAAAUCUUGGUGCAAGUGAUGUUUGAAUUACAUGAAAAGAUUUUACUUUAGUUGUAUGGUACCAGAAUCUUAGUGCAAGCGAUGUUUGUAUUAGACAGGUUUACAAUUGUAAAACGGAAAUCUUGGUACAAGCAAUGUUUGUAUGAGACAGAUUUGGUGUAGUAACAAUAACAUAUAUCUUGGUGCAUGUGAUGUUUGUAUUAGACAAGUUUUAUGCUAUCAAAUGAUCAACUCAAUCCAGACAAAUGGACCAUUGGAAAUAAUACAUUAUGUACUUUUAACUGAAAACGUUAUUUGUGGUAAAUGUUUAGGAAUGGUGUCAACUCCUUAAAGUAUGAAUUGUUCAAUAAACAAUAUACUUGAACAUGUUAAGCAGAUUUUCACUUUUCGAAGGAAUUUUCUUUUUUUUUUUAGAUUUCUUGUAAAAGAUGAAUUUUUCUACAUUUGAUAUAAUCAAAUUUGAAGUUUUUCAUUACAAAUCAUGAAUGAUAUGAAAGGUAAGUUUUUUUUGAAUUUUCCAAAAGCUUGUCCUAUUUAUCUGAGUAUCUGUGUUGUACCUUAUAACCUUUUAUAUAAUAUAACUAUUGAUGACAUGUACCAGGCCAUGGCUGAAUAUAUAUACUGAACACUUCAUUUACUUGAAAUGUUGGAUUGUUUUGUAUUCCUGAAAAUUGUAAAUGUAAACAAAUAGAGCUUAUAUUAUCAGAAGUUGUAAAAUUGAACAACAGAACAUUAUGUAAAGACAUAAGUGUUUAAUGGUGACAUUAUGUAAAGACAUAAGUGUUUAAUGGUGACAUUUUGUCACAUCAUAUUUGUUCAUUUUUCUUAUCUUUUUUUCUGACACUUCUCUAUCAGAUUAUGUUGUUGUCAGAACUGACAGAAUAAAUGACAUUUGGUGUACAUAUCUUCAGCAUGCUGGGGUUUAGAAUUUAUUUGGGGUGGGGGGUAAUGCUGAGGAUUAAAAGGGGGAGGGGAAAAUGCUGUGGUUUUGCAUUUGUUUAAGGGGAAAUUCAUGGGAUUUUUAAUUACUGUUAAUAUUUUGUUUCCAGCAGGCCGGGCUUUCAUGAUUUUGAUUGUGGUUGUACAAAACACUGUUGAUAAUCCAUAAUUUUGGCAGGGGUGAAAGGGCAUACAUAUUUGUAUGUUGGAGUUUAAAAUAUAUAUUUAUUUAAAUAAAAUUGCAAACAGUGCUAUCAUAUUACUGUAUAAAGCUCAUGCUUUUUACUCAGCCUUUCAGUUAUAUCAGGUAAGAUAUGGUGUUAUAUAGAAAACAAGCUUUUUACUCAUGAGCUUAAGGUAUAUCUGGUAAGGUAUGGUGUUAUACAGAAAACAAGCUUUUUACUGAGCUUAAGGUAUAUCUGGUAAGGUAUGGUGUUAUAUAGAAAACAAGCUUUUUACUGAGCUUAAGGUAUAUCUGGUAAGGUAUGGUGUUAUACAGAAAACAAGCUUUUUACUGAGCUUAAGGUAUAUCUGGUAAGGUAUGGUGUUAUACAGAAAACAAGCUUUUUAUUGAGCUUAAGGUAUAUCUGGUAAGGUAUGGUGUUAUACAGAAAAUAAGCUUUUUACUGAGCUUAAGGUAUAUCUGGUAAGGUAUGGUGUUAUACAGAAAAUAAGCUUUUUACUGAGCCUAAGGUAUAUCUGGUAAGGUAUGGUGUUAUACAGAAAACAAGCUUUUUACUGAGCUUAAGGUAUAUCUGGUAAGGUAUGGUGUUAUACAGAAAACAAGCUUUUUACUGAGCUUAAGGUAUAUCUGGUAAGGUAUGGUGUUAUACAGAACACUAUAUAUUGCCUUAAAACUUCCCAAAUUGUGUUAUUCUUAUUAUUUUUCAAUACCAUAUUUAUCUGCCAAAAAGCCCAUACUGAUAAUACACCCACCUGUGUCUAUUGCAGUUCGAUAAAAAAAACUUAAAAUUCUACCCCUGGGCAUAUUAAAGAAUAAUGGCACAUGCAGCUAUUGUAAAGCUGAUUUAAAGCCUGUGUUUUCGUAACAUGUAAAUUUUGAUAAAAUUACGAAAAAAUAUGUUAAAUGAUAGAAUAUGUAUGUUAAUAAAAUUAAUGAAGUUGACGGCUGAACCAUGUUGAUAUAUAAAGCUGAGGCUGAUCCAUGCGAUUACUAGUUUCUCCUAGGGUUUUAGCAUACCUGUUUCUACUGAGCUAAGCUUGCGUGCUGCUGUUAAUUUAUAUACACAAUUUUAUAAUGUUCAAAAAUAUUGAACAUAUUUUUAUAUUGAGUUGUUUAAUAUGAUUUGUUUUUACUUCUGUUCUGAAACUGUCAUGUUUCGAGAUGUAGAACCUAUAUUUGUUUUAUGAUAUUUUGUUAAGUAUUUUUAAUGUUCAAUUCAUAAUUUGUUGUCCAAUUUUUGGUUUUGUCAAAAAUUCUGCAUUGAUAUUUCUUAACAUUCUCUUCAGGUUGGAUGGAAAGUAUGGUUUAUAUAAGGAUUUCAUGUAAGGGUUCUGCAUUAAUAUCAUAAUAAUCUCCCUCAGUUUGGAAAUACAAAUAUGUAUAAAGAAAAAAGAAUUGAUUGGGUCACAUUGUGACAGAAUUAAUAACUUGACAAAGCCUUGUUCUGGUAUGUUAGUACAAAACAUGACAGACAAAAUUUGAAAUAUAUCUGUAGCAGUUGAUAUUUGUUUACAUUUAUUUUCAUUUGCCAAAAUUAUGUAUUAUAUCAUGAUUGUUAUCAAAAUGUCAUCUACAGUUGGUGACAGUUUGUCAGGUAAAAUUGAGAUUCAGGUAAUGGUGACAUUGUGGGGCACUCAUUAAGUGUAACGUUAUAUCAGACUCUAUCGGAUACCAGUAAAAUCAUAAUUAUCUUACCUGGGGUAAGCUUGAUAUAUACAUCUCAAAUUUUCCAUCAUACUUUGUCAUCUCACUUCAAGAUAUUAAUGACAAAAACAUAUACAUAUUGUCAUUUUAUAAUGCUACAUUCAUGUAUUUGCUUAUCAAAAUGGCUUCAUGAUAAUGAGAUAUUUAACAAGGCUGCUUUCCUGAAAUGUGUUUAUCAAAAUGUCUCCAUGGUGAUAAAAAACCUAUAAAUCAUGACUGGUAUUUUGAUGAAGACUAUUGAUAAUACAAUUUAUACCACAGAAGAUACAUAUGAAUGCUUUGGUAAUAUUCUCAUAAUUUCAAAUUAUAUUUUCAAUAUAUUCAUUAAAAAGGAAGGGCAGUAACUCCUUGAACACACCACCAGAAGUUGCCAAGUUACAGUAACAUAACAUCACCUGUUUAUAUGUUUGAAGUCCUGCAGUUUGAUCUGGUGAUGAAAUGACAAAAUUAUCAAUAGCUUAAUUCAGUGACACAAGAAAUUACUGUAAAAGUGGAAAUAUUCGCGGUGUGGAAAUUUUCGCUUAUUUCGCUAUCAGUAAAUCUCCGCGAAAAUUUCCACACACAAAUAUAUUAACACAUAAAAAUACUAAAUAUAAAAGAUACAAGUUAGUGCAAAAAUAUCUUGACGGCGCGGAAAUAUCCACACCGCGAACACUUUGGAAGCUGGCUAAGCGAAAAUUUCCUCACGCGAAAAUAUCCACUUUUACAAUAAUAUGAAAUUUUAAAGGUCAGCGUUUAGAUUAAACUCCCUGGAGUUGAUUUUCACUACCAUGAAAGCUAGCAUGAGGUAUAUCUUGGAAUUACUCAUUCUGAUGGUAAUACAACCAUUAGCAAAUGUUACCUGUCGCAUGUCGUUAAUACCAUGUAGUUGUUAAAUUUAACGGUUGUCCCACAUAGAACUGGUUCACGGGUAUUGAAUUUCUUGCAACACUGCUUUGUUAAUAUUAUAAAAUAAACACAUCAAAUAUAGCAAACUUUAAAUCCUUUUCGAGUAUUUCUAACUAUACAGUAUAUGUAAUAGAUUGCACAUGUCCAUUUCAUCAGGAACAUUUUUACCAUGCAUAAAACAGGAAUGUAAUCAAGUGAUGAAAUUAAUCAGUGCAAUACUUUAAUCCUGCCAUCUUGUUAUAUACUUGUUCCCUGCCAUCAUGUUAUAUACUUGUUCCCUGCCAUCUUGUGGUAUCAAGCCAACUAGUCAUAACUACAACAAUACUCCCUGGUAUCCACAAAAAACUCUUCUUCUCUUCCUUUUAGAUAAAAAAGGAAAUAUGUGAGGAUAAAUCUAGGCAGAUUUUUUAUUCAAAUUCUAGAAAUCAUACUGAGAUUGCCAAGUGUGUUCUGAAACAAAAAGAAUGAGAUUUCUUCCAUUGCAAACAUUUUAUAGUUUUUAGAUUCGGAAUGUAUGUUACAUUUUUGAGGAAUGGCUCUUUUGUUCAAUAGAGUUACACAGCAGUAAGCUUGUGAGAUUUCUUUCAUGAUUAUAAUUUGAACACUGUUCAUGAAUUUAUAUAACUUGAUUGGAACUCUGUUCAUGAAUUAAUAUAAGAUAACAUGCACUCCAUAUUUAUUAUCAGUGUAUAAGUAAGAUAAGGGAGAUAAAACACAUGUUAAAUACAUGUAGGAUAUAUCAUUAAGUGUUUGAAAAUAAAACUACAUGUAAGACAUAAAACAUGUUUGAAUUUCAAAUAUUUUGUAAGUCGCUGAAAGGUGGAUGUUAUUGCUUUGUGUAAAUUACUGUAAACAGUGAGAUAUAUCACUACACAUCAAAUACACAACUUCAUCUCAAGAAAAACACUGAUCCAUGUGCCAAUAUAUUUAUUGACAGUGUCCUAAAGGGUUUGGAUGUAUGCAUGUUCUGAUGUAAAGUGAGCCGAACUGUUAGCAUUCUGGUAAAAGCAACAUUGACCUCAUGGAGGCAACCCCGAUACACACAGGAAGAGAUUAAUUGUAGGAAUUGGAACAAACAAAAUUUGUUAUUGAAGUGUUUCUGUAAGAACAGCCAAUAAGGUUGUGUAUUGUUGGCCAGGAAUAAGGGGAUUUGUAUUUACCUUCAUAGAACAGGGAUGUCAGUUGGUGUUGGUUGGACUGAAGAACAAUAAGCUAGAUCUUUGACUUUUUGGCCAGUAUUAAUAAGAGAGAAAAUGUGAGAGAUCUAUUCAAAGUGAUUUUCAUUAAUUGGACAUGUUUAUCCCCUGGACUUUGGUUGAUGGAUCAGAGGAUAGGCAUGCUCGUUGCUAUGGUAACUUAUAUCUUGUUGGUGGAUCAUGAAGAGGAUAGGCACGCUUGUUGCUAUGGUAAAUUAUAUCUUGUUGGUGGAUCAUGAAGAGGAUAGGCAUGCUCGUUGCUAUGGUAACAUAUCUUGUUGGUGGAUCAGAGGAUAGCCAUGCUCGUUGCUAUGGUAACUUAUAUCUUGUUGGUGGAUCAUGAAGAGGAUAGGCACGCUUGUUGCUAUGGUAAAUUAUAUCUUGUUGGUGGAUCAUGAAGAGGAUAGGCAUGCUCGUUGCUAUGGUAACAUAUCUUGUUGGUGGAUCAGAGGAUAGGCACGCUCGUUGCUAUGGUAACUUAUAUCUUGUUGGUGGAUCAGAGGAUAGGCAUGCUCGUUGCUAUGGUAACUUAUAUCUUGUUGGUGGAUCAGAGGAUAGGCACGCUUGUUGCUAUGGUAUCUUUAUACUGUAUUCUUGGUAUUUAUAUUUCCACAUGACAAACAAACGCAUUGAAAGUCCUGCCAACAAGUCACAUAAACAAUUAUACUUAAACACAAGCUUACAGUUUGCUAAGCAUGCUGUAUCUUUAUACAUUUGUAUGGUACAUAUAUCUAGUGGGAUCUAUCUGUCUUUUACCAUAGGUUUGUAAUUAUACUAUAUAUAUAUGUGAUCACAACUUGUUGUUCAGUGCCAACACUGGAAAUUUUUGUUUUCAAUUUAAGUGACAAUAAAAUAAAUUUAUUUGAAAAAUUAGUAAAA